AUGGGUGGGUUCCCUGCCAAGCACGUGACCGUAGUGCAGCAACCCCCUCUACAGAUACAACCUCCCAUUUUGAGCCAACCCGGCCAACAACAGUAUGUCCCUGUCAGCGUGGUUGAGCCGACUGGACGACAAAUGUUGCUAACUAACGCUGUUCAAACUUCUUGGCCUACCAACCGCCAACAGAUGGCUAUAGUACCGUCUUGGCAGCAGAUACCGCCACAGCACGCAGCGAUACAACAGCCUUUACUUUCCGAAGCUGAAUGGGGCAGACCUCUUUUGGUAGAUUCGUCAGCUAUAUUACAGGAACAGAGACCAGUAUUUCCGGUAGAUGUCACCACUGAAGUUUUUAAUCCCGCGCUAGUUGAACAUACUGGCUCGUGGAGUACCAGCAAACGUAGUUCCAGACCUCAUCACGCUCAGCAACCCGCUCCGCAUCAUAGUCACCAUCAUUUAAUGGAAAAUCAAUAA